AUGUCGUUUGCUUCAUUUUUACAUCCCAGGAUGCUGAUCCCUCUCUUAAUUAUAUUUCAAGAUGGAGAUCGUCGAGGCCCUCGUGACAAUCGACGUUUUUAUGACAGGGGAGACGCUGAUGCACCUAGUCAACAUGAAGACGAAACCUCUGAAAGGAAACUUGCUAAUAUUAUAAUAGCCUUCGGGAAUCAAAAAUCUCCUGAAGAAAUGCACGGUCAGAUAACAGAGUUAUCUACAAUAAUAAAUAACGAAUUCAGUCUCAAUUCUGAAUUGAUUUUGCGAACAUUGAAGGCUUGUGUGACAGAAUUACCAAUGAAGACAUUCCUGUACGCGACUCUUGUGGGCGUCAUAAAUGUAGAACGACCUACUGUUGGAGCUGCUGUGGUCGAAAUGGCAGCCGAAAGUUUGCAGAGUUAUCUGAAUGAGGGUAAUUGGAGGAAUGCAAAGCUGAUGCUCAAAUUUUUUGCCGAAUUGACAAAUGCAUACGUAAUACUGCCCGGAACCAUGAUAUCCAUAUACAACACUCUCGCCAACGUGAUUUGCGAGCCAGGCGUUAAGAGGCUACGAGCAGACACAAUAGCAGAAAUGAUAUUACUUUCAAUUCCAUGUAUUGGUAAACGACUACACGAGAGGGUUUCCAAUCAAUUUGAUGAGUUGCUAGAUAAGUUUGCAAAAUAUUUUGAUGAACGAAGACAGCUCGAUUCUUCUGUCACGGUUGUAUUUAAUGCAACGAAACCUUACUACUCUGAAAAUUUACCGUAUGAGCAAAGUGAUACGUUAGAACUUUUGUGGGCUUCAAUUUUGAAUAUAAAAGAUAAUAAUUGGGCUUGUCCAAUGCUUGUGACUUUAUGGCCAGAAUAUGAUUCAAUGCUGGUGACAGCAGAUCAGCACGAAGUCGAGCCGUUGAAUAUACCACCUCACUCCGAUCGACUACAAUAUGCACAUAGACACCCAGUAUUCCGAAUAUUCGUUGGCGCGCUGGAUGAGACAAAACCCCUCGUCCCAGACCCAGCCCACAUUGAUUAUUUCCUCAUGUAUGACGUUGUCCAGGACGUUAUUGAUAUAUUCGAAGUUAAUCGAAAGGAAUGUGUCAAAAUUCUUAAAGACUUGCGAUACUUCUUCGCGCCAGGGACUUUUGCAAGUGAUGAUAAGAAUAUCACAGUAAGGGAAAGUCAAAAUAAGGUUGUGGGAGAUGGUAAAGCGAUAAGAAUAUUGUUCGACCGCCUUGAUAUGAUGGACGUUGAAUGUGUCUAUCGUUAUUGGAACUGGUUUUCGCAUCAUCUAAGCAACUUUAAUUUUGUGUGGAAGUGGAAAGAAUGGGAAGAUUGCAUCCGAGAGGAUCCGCUUCAUCCUAAACUCUGCUUUAUACGGGAGACGUUUGAAAAGUUAAUACGAUAUAGCUAUUAUGAUAGGAUCAAAUCCAAUGUAUCCGAUGAAUUUUUAGCCGUAUUCCCAGCAGCAGAGCCCACAACUAGUUUUCGUUAUGUGAGCGAUGCUAAUCAAUAUCAUGCUUUGGCACAACAGGUCUUGGGAAAACUUCGCAGCAAAAGUUCCAAUGAUCAAAUUCAGUCCAUUCUUGCCGAAGUUCGUACUAUUAUCCCCGAUUCAUCAGAAGACGAACAGGAAGACGUUAUGCGGGAUAUCCUGGUUCAAUGUGUGUUAAUGCUAGGUAGCAAGAGUUUCAGUCAUGUUCUCAAUGUGAUUGAGAGGUCAGUACCUGCCAUGUGGACAGUCGUUUGCUAUUUUCGUGUGGAGAGAACGGAAUUUAGUACCCUUGGAAUUUUUACAAAUGUCUGGAUGUUUGUUGAAACGGAUUUAAAAUUUAGGUAUCUCACUUUGUUGCAGUCAUACAAUACAACAGCCGAAGCCAGAGUCCACACUGUUAAAAUAGUGGCCGAUUUCUGGUCAAAGAAUACCCAGUUUCUUGGAAUUCUGCUUGACAAGUUGCUGAAUUAUCGAGUAGUUGAUGCAAGUUCAGUUGUCACGUGGGUUUUUUCGGAAGAAUUCGACGAGGAGGUUUCUAGAUCCUAUAUCUGGGAGAUUCUUAAGAAUACAAUUAAUAAAGUGAUUUCCCGUGUAUCCCAAAUACAAAGCAAGCUGGAUAGUUUGCGUAAAGCAGCUGAAGAGCAAGGCGGUGAUAUGACAUCUGAUGACCGACAGAGUGCAGUGGGGAGCGAGGCAGAGUCAAUCCAACAGAUUGAGAACACGCUUAGCAUGGUAACUAGGGAACAAAAGGAAGUAUUGUUAUUGGUAUUUCAAAAGUUUGCAGACGUUUUGUCAAAAAAGUUGCUGGAGUAUAGGCAGCAGAAUAUUGAUGAUCCAUUAACACAGUGGUGGUUUUACUGGGUCUGGGGUUUCUUUAGAGAGAUUGCAAGAGUGUAUUAUUCUCAACUGUCAUCAUUUAUAGUGACAUUGGAGACUAUUGUGCUGACAUCUAGUGUGGAUCCCAUUAUUGAGAAUACUGUCAAACUUGUAAGAGCAUUCGGAUAUGUCGCAGGACAACUCGAAUUUUAG